AUUUAAUCUUACUGAAUUGCGAGUUGCAUUGUCGUUUACAUGACGAUUAGGUUUCGUAGGUUCGAAUCCAUAUCUUAUGUCAGUGUCGGUGUUUCCUUGAGUUGGCCCGGUGUAGGCUUUCAGCCUUUCAGACACUGCUCGCGAUUGUCGGAGAAACAGAUAGGUAUAGGUAUUUACCGGCCCGACCACAUUAUUUAUCAGAAUCGCAUCAUACUAAAAAAUUUAGAACUAAAAUCUUAAUCUUCCAGAGAAAAGUGUCCAAGCAAUACCUAACAAUAUGAGAUAAAGGUUAUCUUCCCUUGAACUUUUAGUGAAAUGGGUUUAUCUAUUGACUGCUUAUAACGUUAAUCCGUAGUUCAGAUUACCAAAACCGUUUAUAAUCACGCUUGUACUAUAGCUUCGAUUAUCAAGUAACUAUUGAUUAUAAUGAAUAACUAAUGAAGCGAUUUAUUUACUCGUAUCCUAGCAACAAAUACAAGUUUUGAAGAGUAGAUCGUAUUAUACUUAAUAAGAAAAAUGGCGAUUCAAUAGUAAACACUGGAUUUAAAUUGACGAGGAAAGAAGUUAUUAACCUUUACUGAGAUCACAACCAUUUGAAAGACAAGAUCACAAACAGCCAUUAUGGAGCAAGAAGCACACAAUAGGCUUAUGCAGGUGUAUAAAAUGAACAUAACAGAUCGCCUUGAAAGAUGGCGAGAAAACAAACAAGAUACAACCACUCAAGCCAAUAUCAUUGAUUAUACAAAUGACGUAUUCUUCGCUAUGAGGCAUCACUCAAAUGAAUGGAUCCAAAAACAUCGUACUAUUCUGUGCGAGUAUAUAGAAACGCAGAAAGACAUUAUUACUGUAAUUUGUGAAGGAGCAAUGACCAUUCCGGAACCGAUUGCGUCAAGUCCGUUCGUCCAGGCUGCCUUGUGCUCAAGUCAAGAAAUUGUUAAUCCGGGUUUUGAUGAUCAUCCACAACGUGGCCAUGACCGACGCCAACAUUCCACUUUUACAAGAAUUGAAAUUUGCUCCCGUCCUGAAAAAUUACCUUUCAUUCACGAAUGACACAAUUAAAUUGACGGCAAUUCUCGGACUCGCGGAUAUCAUGACGGAAGAAGAGAGCCACUAUGUAGAAACCAAUAACGAAGUCAUAAUAUUCCUCCUUAUGACAUUUAAACGAGCAUUAUUUGCCUCGUCCCGAACAGCUAAAGACGGCAAUGGAAUGAUUUGGGGUGUAUUGGAACUUGCUAAGGGAAUUGGGCGACUAGCUAGUAAUGAUGGUAACAAGAAAUUACUGGUUGAAAAAGGAAGUUUACCACUCCUACUUAAACUAGCUAAAUCAGAUGACCUCGAAGAACAAAAGGAGGCAUUGAAAUCAAUGUGGGCUUUAGCUUUCAAUGAAGAAAAUCAAGACAAGAUAAUCGAGCUACCGGGUUUAAUAGAGUUUUUAGAUGAUAAGAAUAGGACUGGAUUCUCGGACACCAGGUCUACUUGUUACGGUAUUCUGUGGACUAUGAGGACCAAACUUCAACAGUCCAGUCAGUUUAAGGCCAUAGGGGAUCGUCUGGUUGUCAAGAAGACUAUGUCUCCGUCCAAGACAUUCACAGAGAAGGGAGAACUUGAGACGUCGGAGAAGGACAGCAAAAACAAAGGUCACGUGAUGAUCAGCUACCAAUGGGGAGACCAGGAGAUCUUGAAGCGAGUUCGAGAUAAAAUAAGGGGAAGUAAGAAGAAAGUUUGGAUGGACAUUGAUGAUAUGGAAGGCAGUACGUUACAAGCUAUGGCUGAUGCCGUAGAAAACGCUGACAUUGUCCUGAUCUGCAUGUCCAGAAAAUAUAAAGACAGUCCUAAUUGUAGAGCAGAAGCAGAAUACGCUCAUCAGCUACGAAAGACAGUUAUACCGCUGAUCAUGGAGAGAAGCUACAAGCCAGAUGGUUGGCUCGGUAUGAUCCUAGGAGCUAAAUUAUUCUACGAUUUCAGUGGAAAAUAUCCUUUUGAGAGUAAAAUUGAAGGUUUGUUAAGGGAGAUAAGUCAAAAAUUGAAUCUUGGUGAUGGUGCCGUGGCGGGACCAACCGGAAGUAAAGGUGUCGAUGUUGUGGACGGCCCCGAUCAGAAAAUAGUACCAGUUCAAAAUGAUAUGGUGUACGCCCCAUAUAAAGCCCCACCCCCUAAAUUAGGAGAAGUCAAGUCUUGGAAUGCUGCUCAGGUCAAAGAUUGGUUGAAGAAAUAUGGUUUGUCGGGAACGAGGGUAGAGAAGUUGACCGGUAGAGAAAUAGCCUUUUUACAGAAAUUACAAGCUUCGACACCAGAGUAUUAUUAUAUGACAGUAAAGACUGAUUUGGGCAUCAAAACCUUAACAGAUAUGGCCAACUUUGAAGAGGCAAUGGACGAACUUCCACAGUUGAGUUAAUUGAAAUUUGUCUUAACUCGCAUGCCAAUCGAACAGGUGCAUCGGGAUGGUUCACAAACCCCAAUACCAGUCAUCUGAUUGACAAAACCACCGUUUUAUUUCCAAACCAGCGCAUCUCUUCCAGCCGUUUUUAAUGGAAUCAAAACCGAUAGAGCAUCAGGAUACCGUUAAUAAAUCAGGUCCAGAUUGGAUUUCAACCUUUUUCUUUUUAUUACCCCUUUUUGGAUCCUUGGUCGAUUGCAUAGCCUUCUUAACCCUAUAAAUCCUUACAAUUUCAUGAUUUUCUCUUAGGUUGUUGCAAUGUUUUUCAUGUCAGAAAAGUAGGACGUAAAACUCCAUUCGUUUCACUUCAUUUUUUCAUGCCGGAGAAUAUAUAGCCUGACUGAAUAGAACGACUUCCAUUUUUUUGUCCAAAUUUUUUAUGGUAGAUUAAAAAGCAACCUUCCCCCCCCCCCCCCCCACCCCUCAGCAAUUUAAAAAAUUUCAAAACCCAUGAAUAGCAGCCAACAUAUAUCGAAGGCUAUGAAUAUCAUUAUGUGUGUAGAUAUCUUUCACUGUUGCCUGUGAUAGUUAAUAUUUACUUACUGUUUAUGAAUAUAUUUGUUUAUUUUAAUAUUUGUUGAUGUUUUUGUUAUGAAUAAAUGGAUAGAAAAUCUUUUC